UUUUUUUUCUUCUUCUUUUUUAUUAUUAGAAUUAUUAUCAUGUCAAAUCAAACAUAUCAACAAGUACAAAGGCUUGAUUUUUUAUUUAAUGCUGGACAUUCUAUGUUAAGCAUGUGUCCAUCCUUGAGUCGAUAUUAUAUGAAUGAAUUUCAAAACACAUUAACCGAAUACGAAUUAACCGCUUCAAAACCUAUUGCUCGUUUAUCUUGUACAAGUUGUGGUCAGAUUUUAAUUCCUGGUUUAACCUCAAAAACAGAAAUCAUACCAAAACUAUAUAACGGAUCAUUCAAGAAAAAGAUGCCAAGAAAUGAGACGAUGAUUUGACCAAGACAGUAGUUAAUAAGACAGCUAUCAAUAAGACAAUGACUACUAAGAUGACUAUUAGUAAAACUGUUACAACAAACAAAAAUAAUAAUACUAAAAUGACUCCAGUGACUACAGAAAUCACAAAGAAAAAGAAGAACAAAAAGAAUAACUUGAAAGCAUUAUUAUUAAAACAACAACAAAAUCAAAAUUCUUCAACUGGUAGUGGUGGCGGAUUAAGUGAUUUUCUGUCUUCAUUAUAAAAAAAAAGAAAUGUAUAUAAUAUAGUAGACCAAAUAUGUAGUGUAUAUAGUCAUUUAAAAUAAUAAAUAUGUUACUACAAUAUAACAACAAUGAUUAUCCCUCAUACAUUUGCGUUGUCAUUAUCAUGUACAAUAAUUUUAUUAAUUUCAGCGUUAUUAAAAUAAAAUAAAAAUGGAUAUUUACUUUAAAA